CUCCACCAAGUCGGGCACCUGCGACUACAUACCUUACCUAAGGUAGGGAGGUAGGCAAUCGGCAGGCUGGGCUCCCACUCCAGUAUUGCAAUCUGUAGUGGAGGAGGGCGAGCGGCUUCUGUGCCUUGCUAGGGCCAACGACCCGUCACCGUCUGGGUUCACCUCUGGCAACCUGCCUGAGGUAUCCCGGUCAAAAGACAGCCCCAUCAGAGCCAGCUGCAAGGGUAGCCAGGAGGGUCCUCUUCUUUGUCUACUCUUCUCCUCGGGAUACGAGCACGCAAACGGCCUCGCCUCUUUGCUGGCGAAGAACUCUACUCACGGUCGACCUUCAUCAAUACCAGAAUGAGGACUGAACAAUCAUGGAUGCCUUACUUGCUAGACUGGGAGCCCAGGCAAUGAAUAUGGCCAUUAGGUCCGGCAUUGCCUUGACCUCGACCUAUGCCUUUUCCCAAUGUUCGCGCCUCAUGAAGACUGUCGAUGACAGGGCUGUGCGGUCGGAUAUCAAGCGGCUCCAGAAGAGGCUGGAUAGCAAGAUCAAGAUCGUAUCUCCUGCGAUAGAUCUUAUAGAGUUCAAGUCCGGCAGAGGCAAUGCCUUUUUGGAAUCGGCUUUACCUCUGGCCAAGAGCCUUCGGCGGAACAUAGUGGCUCUCGGACGCCGCGUAGAGCAGGCAGCCCAGGCGGGCGAGGCAUGCAACGAGUCGCCACGACGCAGUCUUGAUUCUGAACGGUACCUUGAGGAACUUGGUGCAAUCAUCGAAGAUAUGAAAGACCUCCUAGCCCAGCUGGACAACGACAUUCCCCUUUUGCACAUGGCCAUAUCCGCAUCAGGGGAGAGCCUAAGUUCUGCCAUGUCUCCGAGCGUAUCACCGUCACGGUUUUUGCAAGCGGGUACCUUCCUUACAUACGGGGACAGCCAGUUUGCCGUCGAUCCUUCUCGCCCGGUGCAGAUCGGCCCCGUCUUCACAUUGUCCGUCUACAUGCUGUUCCUAGGUCACGCCUCAACGACCAUCGCUACGCAAACCGGACAUCAAGGACAACAUCCUCAACCCCAGCACACGCCGCAAAAGAAUCCUCUAGGGGAGGCACCGGCGCCCUACGGUCUUGAAGAGGGGGAGCGCAAACCCUUGUGGCAAGAGGUCAUUCACAAAGCCAGGGUGCGCUUAUGUCGCACCCCGAUAGAUCACGUGUUCGAUCCCAACAAGGGGUUUCGACCGUCGGGAACUGGACCCAGCAGCUUCACCGAGUCCCAGUUCUACAAGUCGACAGCUCAUGGUAUGGGCCCGCGCAAUGAGUACGCCUAUCACCUCGAAAUCAUUGAGGAUUUGGACGAUGGCCGUGCCCAUGACGACUUGGAUGCCGAGGCUGGCCCAUAUGACGAUAUCAGACGCGCGGGCAUCCGCGAGUCUAUUCCAGUUCAUCAGAUAUCCAAGAUGUUCUACGCCGAUACCGGCCGAAUCCUCAACAUUGGCGACGGAGGAACGGACAAUAACCCCGUCCUAUUGCUAAAACGAGACCUUCUUGCGAAGCCACCGUUGAAGGUCCAAGAAGAAAUGAUGGACUGCAACGAAGAAACAGAGUCGAUUGCGACUUCUGAGCCCGGAAACGAUGAAGUGCUAGACGAGCAGGAAGAUAUCGACCGACAACUCCGAGACGAGAGCACGGCACUGGACAUUCUGGAGGAAAUGCCCACAAAACCAACCCGCAGGGGGUUUCCUAGCCACUUGGACCCUGAAUGGAUUGCCGUGGAAGUUUUCGAAGGCGAUGACGAUUUAGAGAGCAGUGAGACUGAGGACGAAGAUCUUGGAGAGGAGGUGCAUAGGUUGCCCGUGAGCUCAACGCCAUCGUUAGCAAAUGCUUCUCCUAGAACAGACCCCCGCCGUCCAAGAACAUCCCUAGAUACAAGACUCAUGACACAGAUUCGGGACCUGUCACUGCAGUCUUCGCCCUCCGCCAAAAAUACAGGGCCGGCCGCGUCGAUGCAGUCACUCUCUCAGCAACUGACGAAUCACUCUAAGGACAGCACAGAAUCGUUUGUUGCGAGAUCGCCAUUUGGCGCCGUCGUCACAUCUCUUUCCCUCAUGGAAAUGUUGAUCAGGCUGACAAUUCUACAAGAGUUUCAGCAGGCACCGCACCUGACCAUGCAUGACCAUAUACUGAACUUCUUCUUGGAGGAGUCAUCAACAACAGGACUGACAGGGGAAGAGCGGUUGAGGGCGAGGACGGAAGCGAAGCAGCGUGUUGGUUUCGAUCCAUACACUGAUACCCCAUCUAAUUGAUAAAAUUCGUAGAAAAAAGACACGAGUGACCCC